AUGGCCUCUGCUGGGCUGGGAGUGCCCUACAAGUGGGACCAUCUGGAGAAUGUGGGUGAUGUAUACACACCUCGAACUGGCCAUGCAGUGGUGAACGAGGACGGCGUGUUUUACCUGUUCGGUGGUACAGACGGAGCCGCACGGCAAAGCGACGUCCAUGCGUACAACGUGGAGACCAACCUUUGGCAGGAGAUCCGGGCUGGGGGCCGUCCACCGCCCGCCCGCAGUGGUGCCCAGGCUGUGGUCUGGUCCGGGGCCGUGUGGUUCUUCGGUGGCUACACCAAGAAGGACAUAGCGUCAUAUAAGCAGAUGUCCAGCGCUGGUGUUGCCUCUGUCUUUAACAUGCUGACUGUCGUGACCUCUUCCGUGGCUGCAGAUGGCCGGAUGGGAGCCUUGCCUUGGGCCGCAAUCACCUUGGAGAGAUCAGAAUGGCAGCAGAAGUGGGAUUGGGCGCUAUGGGCCUUGCAAACACUUUCACAUCAAGCUCUCGCGCCAGAAGACUGCGACGCCGGCGUGAAGGCAUGUGGGAGGAGCUUGCGUUGGGAGUGGGCAUUGCAACUCCUCUCCUGGUCGCGCAAGCUUGCAAUUCGGCAACCUUGGAAUCCGGCCAUCUCAGCAUGUGCCAAAGCGACCAAAUGGGAGCGGGCCCUGCUUCUCCUUCGCAGCAUGCGCCAUCGAGGGCCGAGACCAUCUGUGAGCAGCUAUGCUGCAGUUCUGGAUGCCCUUGCACGUGGAGCUGAGUGGGCAAGAGCCAUACACCUUUUGUCAGAGAUGCAGCUCCGUGUGACCCGGGAUCUCGUCGCGAUCACGGCCGUCAUCACGGCCUGCGGAACAGCCGCACGCUGGACAGCCGCCCUCUCCCUCUUCGACGGUGCGCUUGCGGAGUUUCGAGGUGACGUGGUCUUGUUGGGUGCCACAGCAACAGCUUGUGGCCGUGGUCAUCAGUGGCAGGCAGCCUUGGCCAUUCUUGAGUUUGGAUCUGCAGCUCGGCUGCUAAGCGCUGCGCUGUUCGGAGCGUGUUUGACCGCCUGUGCCAGCUCUUCAACCUGGGUACAGGCGAGUGCCUUGCUACAGAUGAUGAGCAGGGAAACCGUCGAACCUGGGGAAGCAGGACUGGCAGCUGCAGCGAGUGCGUUUUCAACUGCAGAGCUCUGGCGCCAAGCUCUUGAGCUGCUUUCCAAAGGAAAAUCUCAGACAGGAGCUUGGUGGGGCACAGCAAUUGCAGCAGCUGCCCGUGGUUUUCAAUGGCAGCAGGCAUUGGAGCUUUCUGCGAGGAUGCAGCAGUGCGGAAUUCCUCCGAAUGAGGCUUGCAUCAGUGCUGUCCAGUCAGCCUGCGUUCGAGCUUCUCGUUGGGAGGUCAGUUUGGCGUUGCUAAGCUUGAGAUCUGAAGGCUCCGACAUCCCUGGAUGUCUUGGUCCGGUCCUCGCCGCUUGUCAGCACGGUGCCCUUUGGAUCGAGGCCUUGCACUAUCUUCGUCAGGCGCAGCUGGCCGGCAUGAGUGGUGUGGUUGUGCGCGCAUCUGCUAUGGCGGCUUGCGUGGAGGUUGCCAGCUCUGUCUGCAAGAGAUCACAAGCCAAACGCCGUUUGCUUUGGCGUGGCUCUUCAUGCGUGUCGCUUGGGCCGACAGUGGGCCACAUCUUUGUGGCUGUUGUGGCAAGAAAUGCCACGAUGCGGAGUUCGACCAGAUUGGGUGGCUUUCUGUGCUGCGUUGCUGGCAUCAGAACGCAGCCACAGGGGCGUGGAGGUUCUGCGCCUCUUGCAGCAGCUUCGCAGAGGUUCGGCCGACCCGAUGCCUCGGCUGCAGAGCUCCAGGAUGGGGGAGCGACUUGCCGCAGCGGCCUUGCCCAGUGCUUGGAAAUCGUUUCGGCACUUUGUGUGCUCUUCUAUUGGUGGUUUGGCGCUCUUCGGCGAUUGGUUGAAGUCGUUGAUCGGCCUGCCGCCGUGCGAAGAAGUUAUCGCAUGAGCUACCAGUUGGGCAUUUUCCAUAUCCAUGGCUUUCAGAUCUGGGACAUUGUCCUUAUCUGGCGCGCCUGUGACGUCAUGGUGCAGGUGGCAGCCAACAGUGUCUGCGAAACUCGUCUGAGCACAUGGCGUGGUAUUUUCAUGCUGCAGGAUGGGGACUACUUCAAUGACGUCUACAAGUAUGACAUUGCCACGAGCAUGUGGGGCUCUGUACAUACCUUGGGAGAGGCACCAACGAAGAGAACAGACCACAGUGUUGUUCUUUUUCGUGACUCUCUUCUGGUCUUCGGGGGCUUCGACGGGCACAACAGGUUCAACGACCUGAGGGAGCUGCAUCUGAAAGACAAGCGCUGGAGUCAGGUCAGCGUGCGAAGUCAAGUGCCCCGAAAUCGCUUUGGGCACACCGCUGUGAUAUAUGCCCACUCCAUGUACAUCUUCGGGGGCUGGGAUGGGCAUGACACAUUGCAGGAGUUGUUCGAGUACAAUAUCUCCUCCAACAUGUGGAUCCAGUUGCCACUUCGUGGUACAGCCCCUCGUGCACGCUAUCGUCACACUGCAGUUGUCUGUGGUGAUGCAAUGUUCACCUUUGGCGGCGUCGACAAAACGCAGUACCGUUUUCCAGAUCUCCACGAGUACAACUUCACCCACCGGCAUUGGUUGAAGGUUGCGACAAUGUCUGUGCAGCCAUCUGCACGAACUUUUCACAAGACGGUCGUUCAUGAGGGCUACAUGUACAUCCUGGGUGGCUUUGACGGACGUCGCUUGAACGAUAUGUACCGCAUUCUGCUUCGAACAAAAUCCGAGCUACAGCGAUGCCAAAAGCAACUGGCGGACCAGGCUGCAAGCAGCCCACCCAUCCCGAACAGUUCUGUGCGACCAGAAGACGUUCCCGGGAGCACUGGGGCGGUUGGUGAUGCACAGGAUGCAGCUCAAACACUGAUGCCCGAGGAUCUGUGGUGUUGGACUCGAAUUGAGGACCAGCAGGGCCAGGUGUACACCCCGCGAACCGGCCAUGCGGUGGUCGUUUGGAACCAUUGCUUCUACUUGAUGGGAGGCACCGAUGAGAACGCCCGACAGAACGACAUCUAUCGCUACGAUGUUCGCCACAAGACAUGGGCUUGCAUCGAGCCGGUGACGGGCAGUCCGCCUUCGGCACGAUCUGGUUCCAAGGCAGUGGUGUGCCGCGACAGUAUUUUCUUCUUCGGCGGCUACACGAAGAAGGAUGGGGACUACUUCAACGAUUUGUUUGAGUUCAACAUCCCGAAAGCCCAUUGGACUCGCCUUGAUGCUGCACAGAAACCAUCAGUUCGAACAGACCAUUCCUGUGUGGUGUACGAGGCAAGUCUGUAUAUCUUCGGCGGCUUUGAUGGCCGCACUCGGUUCCAGGACUUGCAUCUGUUCAACACCGAAGAGAGGGAAUGGAUGCAGGUGUCGGACACAGACAAUGUGCCAGUGGGCCGCUUCGGACAUUCCGCUGUGGUUUACCAGUCCAGCAUGUUCGUGUUUGGAGGAUGGGAUGGCCAUGACACACUGGAUGACUUGUACGAGUUCUCCAUAACCACGAACCAAUGGUACAGCGUUCCUGGCAGGGGAGACGUUCCUCCGUCCCGAUACCGUCAUAGCGCUGUUGUUCACGGGUGCUGCAUGUUCGUCUUCGGGGGCGUGGACAAGCGACAGGCUCGCUUUGCUGACUUGUGUGAGUUCAGUUUUGACACUCGGUCGUGGUCUCGUGUGAAGACUUCUGGCGAUCCACCAUCUGCGAGAACCUUCCACCGCGCCUGCAUGUACGGAGGUUGCAUGUACAUCCUCGGAGGGUUCGAUGGAACACGUCGCAACGACAUGUACAAGAUCGCCCUUCCCGAACAGCUCCCGCGAGGCGAAGAGAAGCGCAGGCGUCGAUUGCAAGGCUCAGGAGAAGGUGACGCAGAGGCAGCCGCCGAGCCGGACAUAGGAGAGGUGGAAGGCCCCCAGCCUGAGAACAGCAAGGAGGUCACAAGGCUCCGGCUGCAGGUCCUGGAACUUCAGAAGCGCCUGGAAGCUGAGCAAGAACGCCAUCUAUGCAAAAUCUGCUACGAGCGCGAGAUCAAUACGGUCAUCCUGGAUUGUCAGCAUCGAGCAGUGUGCUCGAGAUGUCUCGACCAGGUGAACAGCUGCCCUCUCUGUCGGGCAUCCAUCAGUUCGACGGUCAUCACGUACAACGCCUAG